AUGAAGUUCACCUACGCUCUCGCUGCUCUCGUCGCCACCGCCGCCUCUGUCCAGGCGAGCGAGACCAACGGUCAGCGGAUGGCCCGUGGUCUCAACCCCCUCCCUCCUCGCAACCUCCGUCACCCCUCCCGCACGACCAACGCCAAGCGCACUUCCCCCUCGGGCAGUCCCUCAAGCGGGAGCUGCAACACCGGCCCCGUCCAGUGCUGCAACUCGGUCCAGAAGGCCAACGACAGCGUAGUCAGCACCAUCCUGGGUCUCCUCGGCCUCGUCGCGGAUCCCGAUGUGCUCGUCGGCCUUCAGUGCUCUCCUCUCAGCGUUGUCGGCGUCGGCGGCAGCUCCUGCUCGGCGCGGACCGUGUGCUGUGAGAACAACAGCCAGGGUGGUCUCAUCUCGAUCGGGUGCAUCCCCAUCUUCCUCUGA